AUGGAUGUGGUCCACUGCUUGUUCCUGCAGUGUGUCUGUGGGCCGCUGCCCAUGGCAGAGCCCCAGGUUGCCACUGAUGACCCCUGGAGCCGAGGCACAUCACAGGAUGAAGAGCGGACGGAGGCACAGAGAAUCCCCAGGAGGAGAUGGAGUUCUGGGAGGCGAUCAAGGCCUCGUCCACUCUCUGACUAUGGCCAGCUGGUCGGCCGGAGUUUGUCAAUUCCUGAAGACUCAAUUGCUGUAGACCCCCAGAAGGAGGACUUUGUGGACGGGGACCCCCAGGCAAGCAUGACCUCUAAUGGCGCUGCAGACCAGAAAGCCUCCCUGGGCUGCCCUAAAGGAGGCCUGAGAAGACGCCCCAUUUCUGUGAUCGGUGGGGUCAGCUUCUAUGGGAACAGCCAGGCAGAGGAAAUAGAGAAUCUGCUAACCCAACCGGCGGCGCGGCCGCCCGUGCCCGCGCACCAGGUGCCGCCCUACAGAGCCGUGUCGGCCCGGCUCCGGCCCUGCGCCCUGUCCCGGAGCACGCCCAUCGGGCUGGACCGCGUGGGACGCCCGCGGCACCGGAGAGCGGCCAACA